AUGUCAACUAUGAGGCGUCUCAAUCUCAUUGAAUCUCAUUUGGUUUCUCGUUUCCCCACAAUCCCCUACGACGACUCCUUAGACGAGUUUCGCAAAAAAGGCACAGAGAUUAACAUUGACAUCCUCCAGCAAUCUUAUUUCGGCCCUUUCUAUACAUGGAUAAAAGAUGUCUUUAAAAUCAUGAAUGAGAACCCACUUUUCAAUCACUUUGAAGAAGCAGAAAUGUCGCGUGAAAUCCUACGCAAACGUAUUGUCCACCAAAUAGCGACCAUAUACCCAAAGCUUAAAUUAAAUUAUGAUAUAGUUAAGCAAGAUUAUAUGAAGAAACUCGGGCUUUUGUAUCCUAUGGCCGACUAUGAUAUUGCCCUUGCUGUCAGGCUGCUGGUACACAUAGUGUUGUAUACUGAUACAAUCACUAAUCUUGGUACCGAAAAGCACCGAGAUCUUGUAAAUCGAGCAUACAAUAUACAAGAUUAUGGGUCAUUUGCAAUGACUGAGUUAGGACAUGGGUCAAAUGUGGCGAAAAUUGAGACGACUGCUACUUAUGACCAUGCCACACGUGAAUUCAUAUUGAAUUCUCCGACAGCCACAUCAGCAAAAUGGUGAAUUGGCGCUGUUGGGAAAACGGCUAAUAUGACCGUUAUUUUUGCACAGCUUUAUGCUGAUAAUAUCAACAGAGGAGUACACGUUUUCGUAGUCCCGAUUAGACGAAAUGAUGCCUCUCAUGAUACUCUACCAGGAGUUGUGGUUGGCGACUGUGGGAAGAAACUUGGCCUUGAAGGAAUAGAUAAUGGCUUUAUUUUAUUCAAAAAUUAUCGUGUCCCUUAUGAUGCUUUGCUAGACAAAUUUAGCCAAAUUACGACAGAAGGAAAAUUCAAAAGUUCGAUUAAAAAUAAAGACAAACGAGCUGGGAUCAUGAUAGCUGGGCUUGUAGGAGGGAGAAUAUGCUGCACUUGUGGAAGCGAACAAGAUAUGAGAUUAGGAUUGGCCAUUGCGUUGAGGUUUUCAGCAGUGAGAAAACAAUUUGGAGGACAAGAAGGGCCUGAGCUGCCUAUAUUGACUUACCCACUCCAGCGAUUGAAAUUUAUUCCUUAUCUUGCGAAGAUGUUUGCUAUUAGGUCCUGCGUGAUUUAUUCACUGGGAGACAUCAAUGCUUUCCUAAGAAAGUUAGAAGAAGACCCAGAAUGUUUACUCCCCUUUUUAGAGAAAAACUUUUCCUCUGAUUUUAAAAAUUCCCACUUUGUUAAUAUUUACAAAGAAAAAUCUAAUCUAAUUGGUAAAAUUUAUGAUGAAAAAGAUGAAAAAUAAUAAGAUUGCUAGAGAUCUCGCUAUGAUAUAUAAAUAUAUAUAAAAUUUAUAUUAAAUUUUUUUUUCCGUUUUUUAAAGGGGAUUAAUAUUCCCAAAAUAGAAUUUUCCAUAGUUUUGCUCUGUUAAAUGUGGGAGUUAGAAGUAAAUGAGUUUCAUGCCAUAUUAUCAUCUGUAAAAUGCGUUUCAUCAUGGUAUGGUACAGCUUGUUUGCAAGAAUGCAGAGAAUCUGUAGGUGGGCUGGGAUACUCCAGCUACUCACAGCUUGGAAGAAUCAGGAACAAUCAAGAUGUAAUGGUUACCUGGGAAGGAGACAGCUCUGUCCUCAUCCAACAAACUGGAAAAUUUUUGCUAAAACAAAUCCAAAAAUCCUUCAAAGGGCAAAAAAUCCAUGCAAAGACCAUGACUUUCUUAAAAACAGAUAUCCACGAAAUAAAUGCAUUUAAGCCUCAUUUUGAAAGCUCUCAAGAGCUUGAAAACGAGACCCUUAUUUUAGACCUUAUUGAUUAUCGUCUUAACCUUUUGCUUCACCAGAGUUUAUUAAAACUUCAAGAAAGCACUGCAAAUUCUGUUGAUAUGGUCGAUGCAUGGAAUAAAUCUCAACCAUUCUACGUACAAGAAGCCUGCAAAGCUUACGGAGAGUACAUUAUGGCUCAUGAUCUCUUAAGAUUUGUAAAAGACAUUACAGCUAAAGACGAAACCUUAGGGAGAAUAAUGAAAAAGUAUUGGCUACUUUAUACCAUUGGGGUAAUUGAAAAAUCACUUGUUGUUUUUAUGGAGCAUCUUUUUAACGCAAGCCACGUAAAGAUUGUAAGGGAGAGCAUAAUGAGGCUUUGCAAUGAGCUUGUAGAGGACUCUGUCAGGGUAAUUGAUGCGCUUGCGCCUCCUGAUUUAGUAAUAGGAUCAGUAAUAGGUGUUUCUGAUGGCCAAAUCUAUAAAAAGAUGAUAGAAACUGUAGAAAAAUCCAAAAGAGUCUAUGAGAAACCUGAGUGGCUUCCUCUAUUACUAGAAAUUAAAGGCAUUAACUCCCUCCCCCCCGUGAGUGAACAAAAACAUUUUGUUCACUCACGGAGGGGGGUUAAUUUUUUUUUUUAUUCGCAAAAAUUGGAAAGUAAAUAUUAAUUUAAUUUAUAAAAUUUAUGUUUUAAAAAAGCAAUUCGUUUAAAAUUAAACAGAAUUGCUCUAGAUUUCAUUAUACUAAUUAUCAUUUAUAUAUCAAAAUUAUUUUCCAUAAAAUAUUUUUCUAUUAAAAAAAUUUUGUUCACUCACGGAGGGUGGGUUUUUUGGGCAAAAAAUAGGGAUUUUUCUAAUGGUUUUGUUCAUUCACGGAGGGGGGGAGUAAGAAAUAA